CGCUCAGUACAUACCACAACAACGCGUAGUGCCGUCAUUCUUGACCGGCACACAUAAAUACUCCAACAAGUCAGCGAAAAUUCAGUCAACAAUUGUUAAUGUCAUUAAUUCGACGUAAAAUAGUGAACGCAACAAAUUUGGUUGCCCUGUGGAAUCUCUUCAGCAGACGUGGAAACAAUUGCAAAUUCAAUACCUUCCUUACAUUCGUUCUACUACUCUCCGUAUACACAACAACUGCAAGCAUGUCGAAUCACGAUCAAAUUGGAACACAACGUGAGUUCGCCAGCAAAUCGGCACAAUUUGCCGUAAAACUCUUCAAUCACAUGCACAAGAAAGAGCCCAACAGGAAUAUUAUAUACUCACCUUUCUCGAUACAAACAUGUGUGGGCAUGGCACGAAUUGGCGCAGUCGGUGAAACUGCUGCGGAACUCGACCGCGGUCUGGGUUUACCAUCGAACGAUGUCACGGCGAUCGCUGACACUUUUCACAAUGUAUUGGCCACCUAUAAGGAUAGUCCGAUUUUGAAGAUCGCCAAUAAGAUUUACGUGAUGCAAGGCUACAGCAUCAAGAAGGAGUUUAAUGAAAUUGCCACAACCAAAUUCUUCUCCUCAGCCGAUAGCAUUAAUUUCGCUGACAGCGCUAAAGCGGCAACUACAAUUAACAAGUGGGUAGAAUCCAAAACAAACAAUCUAAUCAAGAAUCUCAUUGCACCGGAUGCGGUGGAUUCUGACACACGCGUAGUAUUGGUCAAUGCCAUACACUUUAAGGGCGAAUGGAAAUACCAAUUCCCGAAAUCGGCAACACAUGAUGAUGAUUUCUACCUAAAUGAAGUCGACUCAGUGCGUGUACCAAUGAUGAAUUUGAAGGAAAGCUUCGGCUAUGGUGUUAUAUCCGAAUUGGACGCCACUGUACUCGAAAUGCCCUACAAGGAUUCCGAUCUAUCGAUGGUGGUGAUAUUGCCGAACUCACGCACAGGGUUGGGUAGUCUGCAAGAGAAGCUAAAGAAUUUCAAUCUCAGUGACAUCACACGUCAUUUGAUGACCACGAAAGUCAUUGUGAAAUUGCCCAAAUUCAAGGCGGAAUACGAUAUCGAAUUGAAUGAUGCUUUGAUAAAUCUUGGCAUGGCACGCAUGUUCAGCAGAAACGCUGAAUUCGGUAACAUGCUCGAUUCGGACGUGCCAUUGCAGGUCUCGAAAGUCGUGCACAAAGCCUUCAUUGAAGUGAACGAAGAAGGCACUGAGGCCGCGGCAGCUACUGCGAUGGUAAUGUGCGCCACAUCUUUGCGUUUUGUAAAAAUGCCCCGUAAGUUUUUCGUCGACAGACCAUUUUUCUAUGCUGUGGUUAAUGCAAACCAAAAUCUCUUAUUUGCUGGUACCGUUAACAACUUCAGUGACUAGAGUACACCGUAUACCAUAUACUACUAGUCAUCAGCUAUAUAGGGUGUCCCAUAGGGUAAUUACACGUAAACGCUUUUCGCUCGAUGUUGGAGUCAUCGGUACACACACUUUGUACCUGAUUGGAUUGUAGCGCGGAGAUGUGACUAUGCAGUGGAGAGUACAGGAAACAGAUUAAUACUAGACAUACAAGUAAAAGGUUAUGGGGCAUAUUAUAUUUGACUAAAAUGUGUAUUUUUGUUUUUGUUUCGGCAUAUACUUAUAAAAUAAAAAAAUUAAAAAAAGACAAACAACAAAAUUUUUAGUCAUCAGUUAAAGAGAAGUUUAUUCUGACGUCAAUUUUUCUUCGUACUUAGGUUGCCAUUUUUUCUUUCUCUGCGCCUCUAAGUUUUAAUAUUAUUUAUGAGAGUAAUAAAAUAUCGGAGUCUAAGUCGACCCAAGACGAUCGACAGGCCAUAUCAAACCCCUGAGUAUAUAUUUACGUGCCAUAAAAACAUUUCUAAACCGAUUUCUGUCGGUCAACUAAAAACACGUAAGACCCAGCAUUUGUCGGAUAAAUAUAAAUUUCACACCACACUCUCUAAAAUGCGAAAAGAAGCUAGAUCAAAUGUCACUUUACUGUUCGGCAGAUGAGUUGGAGCAGCAUUAUAUUAUAAUAGAUUUUUUAUACCGCACUAUCUCAGCUUAUCUCUUGAGGUAAGGCGAAGACUGUUGUAACAUGUGUUCUUGGAAUCAUGUUACAUUUGUUAACGAUAUGAAACAUUUUUAUACCUGAAAUGUGAAAAACAAACCUUUAUAACUGGUUAAUUAGUAAAAAAUAACACUACACUUUAAAAGAGAUUCUAGUUAUUUAUUUUCGGUUCAGGCGCUGCACUAUACCUAGAUCUACAUUAAAUUUAAGUUACUCUUUACUCUUUAAAAAAUCAUUUAACGAACUGUCUUCGCAGAUAAAAGACAUAAGAUUUCUUCAUAUUUUCAUAAUGCCUCUUCUCUCAGAUACUUGUAUGUUAUUAUAGAUUUCAUGACGGAAACCCGUGAUACAUUUAAUGGUGUCGGUUUAACUUUUUUCCAUUUAACUCAUCUCAUUUCUGCUCAAUUGAUAGUGGCUUGCAUAUUGUGUCUGUUCAUUGCAUCAUUCAAGAAAUACGAAAGGCUUCUGGCUAACAAAAUACCUCUCUCAACGCUGCUCUGCUUUCAGGUAUGGGUAUUUCAAAUUACGCACUCGAAAUCGAUCAAACACUGUUAACCUAUAAAGUAGAUCGACCAUUUAUUUACACGAUCAACAAUUGCUUAGACAACUUAACUGUUUUUGUUGGAAAGUUAGAAAAACCAUAAAAUGAAGUGACAAGCAAAUGUUCAUUUUUUAACUGUGAAAUAUUGUUAAGGGUUUUAUCAAACUCAAACACUUUUGUAACGGACAUUAUGUAGAUAUUCUCCACAAAUUCACACCCACACAAUCCAACAAUCAUUCAUAAUCGGUGGAGCAAAUAUCGCUAAUGCAUGCAUGCAAAUAUCAUUUGGUAUAUUUUCAGGCAUGAUUAUGGGCAGAUCUCUUCCAGCAUUAUCACCGCCAGUAUUCACCGUUGAUCACCCAUUUAUUUUUAUCAUUUACAGUGAUAUUGCGGAAAUUUCACUUUAUACUGGGCAAAUAAUAAAGCCAUAAUAUUAUGACAUAUUUUUAUACAAAAGUUUAAAUAAAAUAAUUUCAGAAAAAUUUUGAAAACAUAAAAAAUUCAAAAAA